CAAAGCCGUGCCAUUCCAUGGUGAUCUGAUGGUUUCUGAAGAAGAUGGCCUCUGCUCUGAGCCGCGUCUCAACUCUGCAGCUCAUUGCCGAUCUCAACUAUACUCUGCAACUGCGUACUACAACGACAACAAUAUCCUGAUGAAUCAACUAUACUCUGCAACUAACAACAUUGAAUAGAUCAAAACUCAAGAGCAAAAACCAACUACUACAGUAACUGUGUUACGAUGGUACACAAUGCGACACGAAGAUCAGAUAAACCAGUAUGGUUGAACCUCCCUAAAAAAUAAAUUUAAUAUCAAAGUGAACAUAUAAUCCACGUAUCAGAUAUUAAUAUCGAGACAAUUGCAUAUUUAGGACUCUAAAUAAUGUGCUUCGCAAUAAUGCCAUCCGAAAGAUUUAAUCUGUAAAAAAGGUACUACAAAUCUUCUCUAAUUGAUUAUACUACCAUUCAACGUAUAUUCUUCCUUUUUAUAAUCUGAUCUCAUGUAUUUUCUCCACAACAAGACAAUUUUACCCCUUAUUACUUAUACACAUUUUUUAUUUGGAAAUCCAGAAACAACCGUUCUCUUCAUCUCCAUACGGUCGUCUUUUCUUCAAAGCGAACUAACAGAACCAACUUUCCUUCUCUCGCCAUGGAUCCCGCGAGAUCUCUGGAUCCCGCACUGCAGCCGCCGCCAGGGAUGAGAUGCAUAGGACCAGCCGCACAUAUCUGCCGGAGCGUUGUUCCUUGGAGGAGGAGCCCCCGUGGUCCGUGCAAUCCGCCCUCGCGGCGCCGUUCGCCGAGGAAGCCCUCGUCGCGCCGUCCGCGGGGCCGGAGGAGAUGCUUUUUGAAGCCACGCAGUCCGCCAAGGCCGCGUCUUACGCCAAGUCCGCGCAGUCCGCCAGGGUCGCCCUCGCGGCGCUGUUCGCCGAGGACGCCCUUGUCGCGCCGUCCGCCGGGCCGGAGGAGAUGCUAGCCGAAGCCGCGCAGUCCGCCAGGGAUGCCCUCGUCGCGCCGUUCACUUGUGCUCAUGGAGACAUAUGCAAAGCAGGGUAUAAACGAAGAAGUAUUUCUCUUUAAAACAGUUAAUUACCAUUCCUAAAAAAAGCUAAUUACUCCAGAGAAAUAAAGCAUGAUCUGCAAUGCUUUCUUAUGGAUUAGCACAUGAUGACGAAGGAAAAUGAAAAGGGUUGCCAGUUGCAUGGAAUGGAUGUGCCCAUUGAACUGCUAAAAAAGUUAGUACUUGUGCCACCUGAAUCGAUCCAAGCAUGAAUAAAUCACAGCAGCAAGUCCAUUUUGAAUUUUGAUGCACCAAUUGUACACUGAGUAAUUGAGUAAAGCAAGGAAGUUUGUGGCGUGACGGCAUGUCAGGCAAUUAUAGUACUCACCAAUCAGUAAUGAACAACUCACAAUAGCAUUAAUUAGCAAUCCAUUUCAGCAUGCGUCCAUGAAGGAACUAGAGGAAAUGAAUCUGCUAAUCUAAGUCGGGUGGAUGCUCACUCGUUGCUGGGACGUUGGCCAGAGGAGGGAUUUAUAAGGGGUAAAAUUGUCUUGUUCGGAGAAAAUACAUGACAUCAGAUUAUAAAAAGGAAGAAUAUACGUUGAAUGGUAGUAUAAUCAAUUAGAGAAGGUUUGUAGUACCUUUUUUACGGAUUAAAUCUUUCGGAUGGCAUUAUUGCGAAGCACAUUGUUUAGAGUCCUAAAUAUGCAAUUGUCUCAUUAAUAUCAGAUAUUAAAGAAGUAGCGUAUAUGGCAACCAAUUCAGCAAUAACAGCCAUUACACAAGGAACAUUUUACACAUAAGUACAUCUUUAGUACGUACUUCAAUAACCAAAAAAAAAAAA